AUGGGACAAUUAUGUAUUGAGAAACCAAAACAAAAACACUCUGAAGAUAAUUUACAUGAACUUAAUCCAUAAACAUAAAAGUAACCAUAAACAUAAGAAUCCUCUCUUUAAAAUCCCAAUUUGACAGAAUAAGAAGUAAAAGAAAAAACUCAAGUUAAAUUACUCGAUUCUGUAAACACUCAUUAAAACUAAUCUAUUCAUGAUGUUUAUAAAUUACUCUCUCCUCCGUUAGGGAGUGGGUCGUAUGCUGAAGUGCGUAAAGGUGUUCACAAGGUGUUAGGUAUUACUAGAGCAAUUAAAAUCAUAUCCAAAACAGAGGCCACCAACGAAGAGGUAUCUAGAGUCUUACAUGAAGCAGAAAUACUUAAACAAUUGGAUCACCCUAAUAUAGUAAAAAUUCUAGAGAUUUACUAAAAUGCUCAAUAAAUUUUCAUUGUAACUGAAUUAUGCACAGGAGGUGAGUUAUUUGAUGCGAUAGUGGAAUCUCAACAAUUCUCAGAGAAAGAUGCAGCUAAGUUAAUGAAAUAGGUAUUACAAGGAUUAAACUACUGUCAUCAACAUAAAAUAGUACAUAGAGAUAUCAAACCUGAAAAUAUCGUCUUCGAAAGCAAGGAUAAAAAAGGAACAAUUAAAAUCAUAGACUUUGGAACCUCAAGAGUAUUUGAUCCUCAUCAAAAGAUGAAUCAAAAGAUAGGAACUCCUUAUUAUAUAGCACCAGAAGUAUUAAAAAAAAAAUACGAUGAAAAGUGUGACAUUUGGUCAUGUGGAGUCUUAACUUAUAUUUUAUUAUGCGGUUAUCCUCCAUUUAAUGGGAAAUCCGAAGCAAAGAUUUUAGAAAAGGUUGAAUAAGGAAAAUAUGAUUUUAAUUCAGAGGAAUGGGAUAUCAUCACAGAGGAAGCAAAAGAUUUUAUUUCGAAAUUGAUGGAAAAGGAUCCUUUCAAAAGAUACAAUGCAGAAUAAGCACUCAAACAUCCAUGGAUUACAUAAUAAAAUGAGGAUGUCUAAAACGAAUUGCCAUAAAUUGACAGGGCCCUAAAGAACAUGAAAACAUUUAAAUCGACUAAAUAACUCCAAUCUGCAAUUUAUCAAUACAUUGUGAAUUAAUUUUCAACUUAGGAAGAUAAGUCAGAACUUUUGAAAACUUUUAAAGCUCUGGAUACAAAUAAUGAUGGCUAAUUAAGUCGACAAGAACUUUUAAUUGGGUUAAGGAAGGUUAUGAAUGAAAAUGAAGCUGUGGAGGAAGUUGAGAGAAUCAUGAGGGAUAUUGAUUAAAAUAAUUCAGGAACUAUAGAUUAUUCUGAAUUUGUUGCUGCUUCUAUAAACAGAUCAAAGUUAUUAUCUCAGGAUCGUCUUGCUAAGACAUUUAAGGCUAUUGAUAAAGACGGUAAUGGUUCAAUAAGUAUUGAUGAAUUGAAAUUAAUAUUUGGUAAUGGGUUAGUUCCAGAUUAGAUUUGGAAAUAAAUCAUCCAUGAAGUAAAUGAUAAAGAGGAGAUAACUUUUUAAGACUUUUCAGAAUUAAUGCUAAAUUUGGCAUUUUGA